AUGAAUGAAGAUACAAAUUGGUGCUUUAAAGAUAGCUUAGGCACUGCAGAUUUUAUUACUAAUAAUAUUCAUACUGAAUGUCCUAUUAUUAAUGAAACUAAAACAACAACUGUAGCUUCUUAUAUUAGCACAGGAGUUUCUUAUUUUUGUCAAAAGGAACAUCACAUUAAUACAAUGGUUCAAGGAUUUGGUCUUCCACAGAUUUCUUAUACUAUGACUAUAGCUGAAAUUUAUUGGCUGCUUAUUGGUGAUCUUGCUCAACUUCAACAUGUUAAUGAGCAGCAGUUUUUUCCUAUUCUUAAAGAUAUUUCUUCAAGAUCAAUAGCAGGUGAUUACAUCAAUUGUACACAAUGCAUGCCAAAAGAAUAUGACAAGCAAUUUAGACAUUACACUACUAAUCUUCUAUUUGAAUUAAUAAUAAGAGAAGGAGCAAAAGUUAUGUUUUUAACAAAUAAGUUAUUUAGUGAACCAGUUGAAGAACUUUGCAAUGGAUCAAUUGGUGUGAUCACUAAAUUAAUAUUUGAAAGAAAACUCUAA